AUGGCAAUCAGCAAUGGCGUCCACCACAGCGCCGUACGAGUAGCAACAGCACAAUUCUAUUCACAUACCGAUGUCCCAGCAAAUCUCGAACUGUGUCGCAAAUACAUACGAGAAGCUGCCGCAGUCGGGGCUCAACUUAUUGUUCUCCCCGAAAAUGCAAACCGGUGCAGAACCGACUACAAGGACAAACAAAUAGCGUACGAGUUGUGCGAAGAUCUCGACGGCGAAUUUGUGUCCGGACUAUGCUCCACGGCAAAUGAGCUGAACAUUUUCAUCGUGGUGGGAGUCGACCUCAAAGCCAAAGUCUCCCCGGACGUCAACAUCGGUGUUGUUUUGAUCGGUGCUGACGGCCAUGUCCUUUACGUCCACCACAAGACGGUCCUGUGGGAUUACGAGUAUGGACUAUUCAAACCAGGAACCAAGGACAUUGAAGUCGUCCAGACCCCCAUCGGCAAACUGGGUCUUUUGAGCUGCGCCGACGGCAUCGUCCCAGAAGUGCCUCGACUGUCUGCCCUCAAGGGGGCGGAAAUAUUGUGCAACAGUCUCAACUCGCGCGGGCCCGAUGAAAUGCGCUGUCACGAACCAUUACGCGCCCUGGAGAAUCAUGUGUGGAUGGUUGCUUCCAACAGUGUGGGCGGUACUGAAGACGCAUAUCCUUGGACAGGUGGGUCUCAGAUCAUUUCGCCCAAAGGCGAGGUACUCGCCUGUGCCGGAGAGACCGACUACGGAAUGGUCUGGGCAGAUAUCACUCCAGAGACUUCGUUUCCCAAGGUCCUCGGUGGUGGAAUAGGACCGCUUGAUCAAUUCAGAAGACCAGAUCUCUAUGGCGACCUCGUGGCCCCUAUCGACUCCGUUCCCGCCGCCAAAAUGUAUGGUCCUGUGGCCGAAGAUGCGCCCAAGCGGCCACUGAAUGUGGUCACACUGCAGUUGUCCUGGUAUCACUCGACCUUCUGGACAGUUACCAGAGCGGUGGGACAGGUCAAAUAUGCAGCCUCGCGAGGUGCGCAGCUCGGUGUUUUCCCAGAGUUGUUCUGCUUCAAACCAGGCGAAGUCGCCGCGGAUCCUGCAGCGGCAGCCGAUUUCUCCGGUCAAGUUCUUAGCAAGAUUCAAGCUGCUGCAGCGGAAGCAUCGUCUAUGUGGGUGGUUGUGGAUCUUGUUGAACAGUCUGGAGACAAGUUCUAUUCCACCGCAUAUCUGAUCGACAGCGCUGGCCAAAUUGCAGGCAGAUACCGAAAAUGUCACCUGGGAGAAGUUGAGCGCACAUGGGCAACGCCGGGCGAGAGCUUCACAGUGGUUGACACCCCCAUUGGGAUGAUCGGUCUCAUGAUCGGCAACGAGGUCUGGUUGCCCGAAGUCUCUCGCAUCCUGACCCUGCGCGGCGCAGAGGUCAUUGCUCAUCCGGCAGAUUGGGAUCGUGUUGAAGCAGCUACCAUGGCCGCAGUGGAACGUACGGAAGAGAACAGGACUCAUUUAGUCUCGUGUGCGAGGACAGACAACCCGGCAAAGUUUGGCAGUCAAAUUGUCGUGGCUGAUCGAUUUCGCUUUGGUCAGUGCAUUGCCCUUAUGAGAUAUCCCACGGCUAUUUGGUCUCGGACUGGGUUUGAAGAGAACAUUUUCUACGAGUUGGAUCUGCAAGAUUCACACUCGAAGGUCCAAGGGUUCUACCUGGAUCCAGUUGGAACGAGACAGCCUGGUCUAUACAGUGUCAUGGUGGAAGUGCCUCAGAAGAAUGGUACAAAGGUCGCGUAA